AUGCCGAGACCAAGUCCACAGGGAGCUUGCGGUGCGAGUCGCAAGCAUGUCGAGGCCGCCGUCCCUCCCCCUCCGGCCCCUGCCCCGGUCGCGUACAACCCUCCUCCCCCGGCGCAGAUAACCCCCUCUGCGUCGCUCUACGUCGGCGAGCUCGACCCCACCGUCACGGAGGCCAUGCUCUUCGAGAUCUUCAAUAUGAUCGGCCCUGUGGCCAGCAUCCGUGUCUGCCGGGAUGCUGUCACUCGUCGCUCUCUGGGCUACGCCUACGUUAACUACCUCAAUGCUGCAGAUGGCGAGCGCGCGCUCGAACAGCUCAACUACUCGUUGAUUAAGGGCCGUGCCUGCCGUAUCAUGUGGUCUCAGCGUGACCCUGCGCUCCGCAAGACUGGCCAGGGCAACAUCUUUAUCAAGAACCUCGACGAGCAGAUCGACAACAAGGCCCUGCACGACACCUUCGCCGCUUUCGGUAACGUCUUGUCCUGCAAGGUCGCCACCGAUGAGCACGGCCGUUCGAAGGGUUACGGUUUCGUCCACUAUGAGACCGCCGAGGCUGCUGAGACUGCCAUCAAGGCCGUCAACGGCAUGCUUUUGAAUGACAAGAAGGUCUAUGUCGGUCAUCACAUCUCUCGCAAGGCAAGUUCACGGGAGCGUCAGUCGAAACUUGAGGAGAUGAAGGCCCAGUUCACCAAUAUCUACGUCAAGAACCUCGACCCUGAGGUUACCCAGGAUGACUUCGUCAAGCUCUUCGAGCAGUUUGGCAAUGUCACCUCUGCGGUUAUCCAGACGGACGAACAGGGCCAGAGCCGUGGCUUCGGUUUCGUGAACUUUGAGACCCACGAAGAGGCCCAGAAGGCCGUUGAGACUCUCCACGAUUCCGAGUACCAUGGGCGUAAGCUCUUCGUUUCUCGUGCUCAGAAGAAGGCCGAGCGUGAGGAGGAGCUCCGCAAGUCGUACGAGCAGGCGAAGGUAGAGAAGAUGAGCAAGUACCAGGGUGUCAACCUGUACAUCAAGAACCUCGAGGACGACAUCGACGAUGAGCGUCUUCGCCAGGAGUUUGAGCCGUUCGGUUCCAUCACUAGCGCCAAGGUGAUGCGCGACGAAAAGGGCACCUCCAAGGGCUUCGGCUUCGUAUGCUUCUCUUCUCCUGAUGAGGCCACCAAGGCUGUCGCCGAGAUGAACAACAAGAUGAUUGGCUCAAAGCCCCUCUACGUCUCCCUCGCGCAGCGCCGUGAGGUCCGCCGCCAGCAGCUCGAGAGCCAGAUCGCCCAGCGCAACCAGAUCCGCAUGCAGCAGGCCGCUGCUGCUGGCAUUCCUGGCGGCUACCUCAAUGGCCCUAUGUACUACCCUCCCGGCCCCGGUGCUUACCCUCCUCCCGGUGGCCGUGGCAUGAUGGGGUACGGCCAGCCCGGCAUGCUGCCUCCUCGUCCCCGUUACGCUCCGAACAACCAAGUCCCUGCUGGUAUCCCCAUUCCUGCCCCUUACGGCCAAGCUCCGCCUCAGGCUUACGGCGGUAUACCCGGCUACCCUCGCGCGCCCCGUGGCCCCCCUCCCGCUGGUCGCGGUGGUCCCCCCGCCGACCCCAACUCGCCCCCGGUCAACGGUGCUCCCCGCGGCAACGCUCCUCAGGGUGCUGCCGCGAACCGUCCCCCUGCUGGCGGGCAGCCUCCCGCUGCUCGCGCCCCCACUGCCAACCGCCCCCAGGCCCGCCAGGCCCCGCCUGCUGCUGUGGCCGCGCCCACUGGCGAGGUGCCGACCAUCACGGCGGCGGCCCUCGCCAACGCCUCACCCAUGGAGCAGAAGCAAAUGCUCGGGGAGGUCAUCUACAUGAAGAUCGCCCCCUCCCAGCCUGAGCUUGCCGGCAAGAUCACCGGUAUGCUGCUCGAGAUGGACAACACGGAGCUCCUCCACCUUUUGGAGUCGCCUGACGCGAUGAACUCGAAGGUCAACGAGGCACUCGCGGUCUUGCACGAAUUUACGAAGGAGGAGAGCAAGUAG